AUGCACCGCAUCCUUCUCGGCCUCCGCCCUUUUGCCUACAACCUCUUGACUGCUGCCAAGGCAGCGUACGACACCCAGCUCCGUCUGUUGCUUGAGAGUGUCCAGACCAUCGAGGCGCUGCAGACGACAGUCGCCACCAAAGACACCACCAUUGGCGACCUCGGAGUUGCUGACCUCCAUGAAGCCGCGCGGGUCCAGCGCGUCGCGGCAGCCGAGAUCCGCGCCGAUCUCAAGGUCCAAGAGCGCCUCCCCAAAGCACCAAGCAGUCAGCAGGUCGCUUGGGAGCCGGACUUUCCGCACCUCAGCUCCCUCUACUAG